AUGAAAGAUUAUAUAAACAUCAUAACUAAAUUACAUAUAUAGUAUAAUAAUUUCUACUGAAUGAUUUUCAAACAUUAAUCUGAAACUAAAUUGGAUGUUGUGCAUGUGUAUUUGAAUUGUGUUUGUCUAUAUGUAAGUGUAAAGAGGUCUAGCUUUCUGGGGUGUUACCACCAGGAAAAUUUAUAUCGUCUUCAGUUGAAAUCUGAAUCUCUACUGUUACUGUCAGAUAGAGAAGAAAGAGAAAAUAAUCCUAAUUCUAGAUCUGUAUUUACCAGGUUGUAUAUAUUUCACUUUACGUCCUGAUUAGUCUUGAUAUUGACUGUUUGGUGUCAACAGCUGAUGCAAUGGAUACUGUGGAGGGCUGGUUGCUGUGGAAAUCUGAUCCCUGUACCAGUCACUGUGAACCUGUUGUUUGUUUAUCCUAUGGGAUAAGCAGGCCUGAAAGAUAUGAUAUAGCAGUGGGCGUAUCAGAUGUGACGGGGGUGGCUACAACACAAAAACUUCCCAAUAGAAAUCAAUAUCCCUGCCACAAAUACUACCUCUGUGAAGCUCAUAAUGUUCUGCUGUCGCUGCUGUGUCUAAGACAUGUUGACUCAUCUCAGCAGAAACUUUGUAGUCAGUUGCUUCAUAUUCUAAAUGUUAAUGCACAGCCUUGGCAGUAUAUUAUAUAAAUUACAGGGGUUCAUGCUAUUGUGCCCACCUGCUAUAAAUAAACACAGACACAUAACGAACACCCACUCAUGUCUAAGUGGAUUACUGUGAGAAAAGCACUUGUUGAGAGAAGACUUGCACAGAUGUAUGCAGUCCUCGAAGAGUCUAAUCUGGCCAGACUGCAGAGCAGCAGGCGACUGCUAACAAGGGUAACAGCCGAUUAAGGUCAGACUGCAGCACAGGAGACAGACAGGAAGACUAAUAAAUGCCAAACAUCACCUAUAUCACCAUCCUUCAAAUGUGCCACCAGGGAUCUUUGUUCUCAUCACCAUCUUUAUACUGAUUCAUGACUCUUUCCAAGAGUCUGGAGGAUGGUAUGACACGUUUGUUUUCUUUCCUCUAAGGAAUAUACACUGUGGAGAGGAUGACACUCUAAUAACACAAACAGGACAAAUAUACUGUAAUAGUGCAUAAAAGCAUAGAUUUGACUAGACUUGAAGCUGCAGGUGUUGUCCACAGCCUCUCCUCUCUCUGGACCAUGUUCAGCUGAUCGGGCCGUCAGUGUCUGCAGCCAAUCAGGUGACGCUGAAGUCAGAGACUGAACAUGUGUGACUUCCUGCUGUUCAAACCCAGAGGGGGAGAGGACGGCCAAACACACACAGCCAGCCCAGUUAUCAACCAGGAGGACCUGGGAUUUUUGUUGCUGGUUUGUUUAUUUAUCAGUACUUUAUUUGCUCAGUUGAAGUAUGUGGAAACUCCAAGUUGUUGUUGGGAAGGCAAGCAGAGUGUUUAAAUGUGUCGGUCACAGUGGAGGGAACAGUUGAUUGUUUCCUGAGAAGUGCCAAACAACUAAACACAUGGAGACUGAGUGCCAGCAGUGGACAGACAGCCAAACUGAUGAGGACAGUGACACAGAGGAGAUCCUGUGUGGAAUCCAUGAGAGCUGUGCUGCUGACCUGACUCACCACCCUCAGCUGGAUGCUGACAUAGAGGCAGUCAGGACUUUGUAUUCAGACUCUGCAGUCAGGAUCAGGGAGUAUGGGUCAAUCGAUGAUGUGGAUGUUGACCUGAACAUAAAUCCCAACAUAUUGGAUGAGGAAGUGGCCAAGGCCUGGAGGAUUAACCCAUCAGAGCCCAUCGUUAUCCGUCUGCACUUCUCUCUGUCUCAGUAUCUUGAUGGACCUGCACCUUCAGUUGAAGUCUUUCAACGAUCCAAUACAGAUCAUUUCAGCUUUGGGAAACAGCUUCAGAAUAUUCUUACAGUCUUCUUAUCUCGAGAAUGGAAACAUCUGACCAAUGAGAACAUCAUAGUCCGACAGAAGAGAAGACACAGCUGGUUUAGGCCAAGUGGAACCAUCAAGAGAUUUCGUGCAAGACUUAGUAUCUGGCUCCCACCAUCAAAGUCCAGUGAGGUCCAGGAACCCAACAUGAGAGCAAAAAUAAUUUCACCAGCAGUGAGACUGAAUCGUUUCACGAAUCAUACGACUUCCUACACCAUCAAGAAUCCCAAAGGAGAGCUCUUCACCUACACACCCAGUGGGAAGCGGGUGGUGGUGUCAGCAGUCAAGUCAUCAGCACAGCUCAGUACCAAACAGCUGCUAGAGCUGCUUUUCUCCACCCAGGCCAUCAGGCACUGUAAGACCACCCCAAGUCUGCAGCACGGCUUCUUGGUUCAGAUAAUAAGGUAUGCUGAGCAGAGACUCCCCACGCUGAACGAAUACUGUGUUGUCUGUGAUGAGCGACAUGUGUUUCAGAAUGGUCCUAUGUUAAAGCCAGCAGUUUGCACCAGAGAGCUAUGUGUGUUUUCCUUUUAUACGUUAGGAGUUAUGUCCGGUGCUACAGAGGAAGUUGCCACUGGUGCAGAGGUAGUUGACCUGCUGGUGGCCAUGUGCAGAGCUGCUCUUCAGUCUUCACGCAAGAGCAUCAUAUUUGAACCGUACCCUUCUAUUGUUGAUCCAUGCAACCCCAGAUCCCUGGCCUUUAGUCCUAAGAGAAAGAGCUACGACAGGCUGCAGAGAGCGCUGGACAAUGUGUUGUUAAUCAGGAGGAUGGCACAGGGUCCAUACUCGGAAAUAAAGAAGCAGAUGGACAAGAUAGACCCACUCGCUUAUCCGUUACUACAAUGGAUUUUAUCAAGCAACAGAUCACAUAUUGUCAAGCUUCCACUGCACAGGCAACUUAAGUUCAUGCACACGCCCCAUCAGUUCCUGUUGAUCAGCAGCCCUCCAACCAAAGAAGCUCGUUUUCAAACCGCCAGGAAACUUUUUGGCAGCACCUUUGCUUUCCAUGGUUCCCACAUUGAAAACUGGCACUCUAUUCUGAGAAAUGGCCUGAUUAAUGCCUCUUAUACAAAACUACAGCUUCAUGGAGCUGCAUAUGGGAAAGGCAUCUAUCUGAGUCCUAUCUCAAGCAUAUCAUUUGGAUAUUCUGAGAUGGGUCAAGGGCGACACCAAAUGCCCACCAAAGAAGAACUCAUAAAGAAAUACAACCAAAUAAACAAAGUCAAACAGGAACAGCUGGGACAAGCCAGAUUUCUGCAAAACAGGAACCUAAACUGUAUCGCUCUCUGUGAAGUUAUAACUUCAAAGGACCUUCAAAAACAUGGGAACAUCUGGGUGUGUCCGAUACCCGACCAUGUGUGCACACGUUUCCUCUUUGUGUAUGAGAACGGCCAGGUGGGAGAUGUCCACAUCAACACUCAGGAAGCCUGGAUCCGCAGGGAAAUUUUACAAGUAAUUGCUUCAAAGACGUGCUGAGAAAAAACAAAGGGUUUAUUAUUAUAGUGCAGAUUUCAUAUGAAAAAAACAAUACAUUACAUUUGGCUUUUAUUGGUUUGACAAGUGAAACCAAAUCAAUGCGUUAUAGCAGUGGUUCCCAACUGGUCCAGACUCGGGGUCCAGAUUUCUCCUUCAUCAUUAGUUCAAGGUCCACACAGUUUAGUACAUUAAGGGUCAUACUUGUGUUUGACCAUGUCAUUGAGCUAGUUUGCUGUCUCUCUGUUAGUCACUCACUCUACAGCAGGAAACAGCACUUUAAAAUACUUCACUGGACUUAGAAAUGAAUUUGGUUUUUUUUUUGUUUUUGUUUUUUUUUACAAACGUGACAUAUUUUUAAGUCACUUGCGGUCCAUUCAGAAUAAGACCACGACCCACCAGUUGGGAACCGCUGCUUUAUAGUACAUCUGUCAGCUUUUAAUGUGCAGCUUUACCAAGUCCAUAGGUACAACAUUCAAAAACUCAAAGACUCAUAGGUGAGGCAGUUAUAAUUCCACAUAAGCUACUUAGAUCAAUACCAGGUAACAAUGAGCAAAAACAAUAUACCAUUUGUUAUAGUUUACAUAAAUAACCACGUGUACGUGUAACUGCCAUUUCAAAUGUCUAUCUGUAAAUAUAACAUACAUAUAGAAGCCACAACAAUUCACAUAAUUCACUUGAAAUGAGCCCUGUCUGCAUUUAGUAGCCUGAUAGCAGAAGGAAUAAAGGACUUAGAGUAGCGGUUUGUUUUCCUAAGGGGCACAUUGUAACGCCAGCCUGAGGGCAUGACAGUGAAUUCACUGGUCAGACUGGCUGAUUAUUCCUUUCGCUUUCUAAGCUACCUGUUUCUCCCAGAGGGAGCACAAGUCUCUUUGCUGGGCUCCAAGUAUCUUUGAGCAUACUUUCACAAUGCCAUUUAGGCCAGUGGUUCCCAACUGGUCCAACCACAGGGUCCAGAUUUCUCCUUAGUCAUUAGUUCAAGGUCCACACAGUUUAAUAAAUUCAGCAUCAUACUUGUGUUUGGCCAUAUCACUGAGCUAGUUUGCUGUCUCUGUCAGGUGGCCAUCUGUUAGAUGCUCACUCUACAGCAGGAAACGGAACUCAAAAUAAAAGCUAUUUGCUGGAAAUUCACUGUACUUCACAACAAAGUGUGUUUUUUACAAACUUGACACAUUAGCGAGUCACUUCUGGUCCAUUCAGAAUGGUCCUGCAACCCACUUUUGGAUUGCGACCACCAGUUGGGAACCACUGAUUUAGGAUGUUCUUGUCCUUCCCAGACACCACAUUAAACAAGCAAAUAAAUGAGAGUUAGAAGACUUUCAAUAAAUGAUUGAUAAAAAUUACAUAAGACAGAAUCACAGACAUGAAAAGAGUUAAGCUCCUGCACCAAGUGAGGACAUCUCUUCUUUCUAUUAGUUACUGCAAUAAUAUUAGAUGAAUGAAACUUGUUUGUUGUGUCAUGCACCUGUAAAAACUUUUUUGCCUUAUAUCUUAAUCUACAGUCUGGUGUCAUUUAAA